AUGGAAGCCUCUCACCGUUAUGAAUACAGUUCCUCCAAGACCCCAGACAGGGGCAACGGCUCCUUUUACACUUCGCUGAUUUCCGACGACCUCUGCUCAUUUCCUCAGGAUUCCUCUUACUUCACUGGAAAUCUGCCCAAAGGGGAUGGCCGAGCGGCUAGUUCAGGCAGCCCCGAAACAUUUCACACCCAGGAUGGGACAGCCUUUGAGCCGUGUGGCUUGUUUAGCUCCGACUCGGGAAUAGAGAUGACCCCGGCAGAAUCCACCGACGUCCACAAAACGUUUGCCGAUCCCAUGGAGCAGAUGAAAUCGGAAGCGUAUAAAUACAUGGACAUGAGUCGAUCGGAAGAGAUCAAAUGCCAAGAGAGGUGCGACACGGGCUUGGGCGACGUGGGUCCUCCGAGCUUGACUCGCACGUGCCAGGAAGAUGCGACUGGACCUCGCGGGACAGCUUUGGAAGGAAAGCACGUGGCUCAAGAUCCGUGUGAGGGGUCCCUGUUUCCGUCAGAAACAUUUGGGGACCGCCCCUCUGUAACGGCACCUGUCAAGAUUACACUGACUGAGGUGGAAAACGUAGAGGGCUUUGCUGCAAAGGAGAAGACUCCAGAAAGACCAGAGGCAGGUCUCAAGCCAAGCCACGAAGUGGUCCCUACAGUGACCGUGUCCGAGCCAGAAGACGAGAGUCCGGGCUCUGACACGCCACCUUCUUCAGGAACUGAACCGUCUGGCUCAGAAUCCCAAGGUAAAGGAAGCCUGUCUGAAGAAGAGCUCGUUAGUGCCAUUAAAGAAGCAAAGGGCUUUCCCCUUGAGCAUCCUGAAGCCCAGCAACCGGCACCCCCUGCAGCAGGAAAACGAGAUCCCAAAAGGGUGUCGGAGCUUCCAGCUGGCGGUCCUCCCUUAGAUAACGAAGCGAGCAGUGCUGAAUCUGGAGAUUCCGAGAUAGAGCUCGUCUCGGAAGACCCUCUCGCUGCGGAAGAGGUUCUGCACUCCAACUACAUGACCUUCAGCCAUGCGGGGGGCCCUCCUCCUUCCCCGGCCUCCCCAUCGAUACAGUACAGCAUUCUGAGAGAAGAACGCGAGGCUGAGCUGGACAGUGAACUCAUCAUCGAGUCCUGUGAUGCUUCCUCGGCCUCCGAGGAGAGCCCCAAGAGGGAGCAUGACUCUCCCUUGAUGAAGCCGAUCAUCAUGGACAUCAUCCAGGAGGAAAACCACUCCAGGAAUGAGAGCAGCGGGGCUUUGAACUACAACACAGGCAGCUCCAAGGAGAGCAGGAUGAACAGAGAAAACUUAGCAGACUCGGCUUCCUACUUGAAGUGUUCUUUUGCCGCGCCGAAGGUCAGCUCUGGCCCGGGAUCCUCUUCUGCGGCAGCCAGUGCUGAAGAGAGGAAGGACAGAGUAGCUCAGAAGAAGCCGGCCGAGGCGGCAGCGAGUGCUACGGCAAAGCCAGCUCCAUCCAAGGGCUCAGGGAUGGGUCCCUGGCUCUCUUCACCUCUGCCAUUUUUAAAUAAGCAAAAAGCUAUUGACCUGCUGUACUGGCGCGACAUCAAGCAGACGGGCAUCACAUUCGGGAGCGUCCUGCUGUUGCUCUUUUCCCUGACCCAGUUCAGCGUCGUCAGCGUGAUCGCCUACCUGGCGUUAGCUGCUCUCUCGGCCACCAUCAGCUUCAGAAUCUACAAGUCAGUCCUACAGGCUGUUCAAAAAACCGACGAAGGCCACCCUUUCAAAAGCUACUUGGAAAUGGAAAUGUCUCUCUCCCAGGAACAGAUUCAGAAAUACACAGAUUGCCUGCAGUCAUAUGUGAACAGCACAGUCAAAGAGCUCCGGAGGCUUUUUCUGGUCCAGGACUUGGUGGAUUCCUUAAAGUUUGCAGUACUUAUGUGGCUGUUGACUUAUGUUGGCGCUCUCUUCAAUGGCCUAACUCUUCUGAUAAUGGCUGUGGUGUCAAUGUUUACUCUACCUGUUGUAUACGACAAGUACCAGGCACAGAUUGACCAAUACUUGGGACUUGUGAGGACCCACAUAAAUACUGUUGUGGCAAAGAUCCAAGCAAAAAUCCCAGGCGCUAAGAGAAAGGCUGAUUAAAAUCGGCAGCAAGAAUCCAUCUGCUACAGGACUGAAUGAUGAGGGAGUCUGGGAGGAAAACAGCUCUGUUCUUACUGUUUACUUAUAAUUUAUUGUUCCUUUCUCUCUCUGUCUGGGUGAAGGCAGACGUAAAACGGAAAGUGAGCUCGCAGCAUGCCCCUCAGCUGCAGGGUGAGCCUGGCUUCCUCCCGAUUUCCUAAUGGAAUGACAGGCAUGCAUGCCAGGGAUGAAACCUCGGCCCAGCGGUCUGUCUUGCACUCCUCUCCCUGCUAUCUGUGCUUCAGGCUGGCUGUCCAGCUCAAAAACACAACAAAAAAAUUAAGAGCACUACAUGAAUUGUCAUGCAUUUCUCUUAAUAUAUCAGCUCAAUGCCAGUCUUUCCUCUUCUAAGGAAUCUUUACUCAAGUGCAAAGUUACUCCAGAGAUGGGGAGGGGCAAGAAUUUAGGAGAUAUUGUAGGGAGGCAGCCAAUCAGCACAGCCAGCUUCUGCUUCACAUCUGCAGAACUGUUUUUUCCAGAGCUUGACCCUGGAGAGGAAAGGUAUGUUUGUACUGAAUGUAGUGAGGUCUUCCCUCCACUGCUAUAAUCAGGUUACCUCUGUCUUCACCCCUCUUUCAAACACCAUGAUCUCAGAGAUGUGAAACAACGAAGCAGCUGUUUUUUCUCCUUUCCUGCUGUUUCUGUACUCUCUUAGACUAUUUGCAAUCACGUAUGUCAAGCACUAAAGUAUAGUAAAGAGAAAAGUGUUCUAGGUGUGGUUCUUGUGUUGCUUCCCAAGUGCAUGAUGGUGAGAGCCUAAAAAUACUAUUGAACUUUCUAUUUUUUAUUUUCUAGUGCUUCUGCUAUUACUGUUACUACUACUACUACUUCUAUUGGCAUCGCUUCGAUAACUUUUAAUGUUACCUGUGGCUAGGGCUUCCCUGCUUGGUGCACUGAUGCAGUUUUGCUUCUAUGUCCACUGGGUUCGCUGGUUGGGUUUAUCUUUAGUGUCUAUCUAGAAAUGUAGACUGAUGUCUUUGUGUUGUGUUUUUCUCCAGCACAAGUAAUAAAAACAAAACAAAAGAGAAAUCAGUACUUCAAUGGUAUAAUCUGUUUUGUAUAACUCUCUAAAAGAAAAUUCAAAUAAAACCCACCCACCCAGUACUUCUUUUUCUUUUUGUUCUUGAGGGAUCAACGGGCUGAUUUACAUGUAUGGGAACUGAAGACUUCCGGCUUGUACCUUGUAUCACAAAUUUGUAUGACGUUCUCUGUAGGACUUAAUUAUGGACUCUAAAUAUUUGCACUUAUGUACUUGAUACCGAAUGCAGAAAUAAAUGUUACUAAAUGUUAAAAA